UCAGCAGUUGUGGCUCCUCUGCAGGGCUGGACUCUGAUCAGCCGUCUCAGACACUCUCACCGACUCGCAACUUCACACACUCGUUCACGGACAGACGCUAUGGAGCAGGAUCUGACUGUCCCUGUGGUGGUGGGGGUGUCGGUAGUAGUCCUCACUGGUCUCUACUUCCUGUUCACUGGGAGACCAACGAAGGAGCAACUGCCCCAAACCCUCCAGGAUCCCACUGUUAAAUACUCCUUACCGCUCGUAGAGAAAGAGGACAUCAGCCACGACACCAAGAGGUUUCGUUUUGGUCUCCCUACUCCCUCGCACGUCCUGGGACUACCCGUAGGACAGCAUGUGUAUCUGUCUGCUAAGGUGAACGGGGCUCUGGUGGUCCGGGCGUACACGCCUGUCUCCAGCGAUGAAGACCAGGGCUUUGUGGACCUGGUUGUCAAGGUGUACCACAGGAACACCCACCCCAGCUUCCCCGAGGGAGGGAAGAUGUCCCAGCAUCUGGACGCCAUGAAACUCGGAGACAAGAUGGACUUCAGAGGGCCUAGCGGACUGCUGGUCUAUAGAGGGAAUGGCUCUUUUGCGAUCCGACCUGACAAGAAAUCUGAAGCAAGGACCGGCAAGUUUAAACAUGUGGCAAUGAUCGCUGGAGGAACCGGGAUCACCCCCAUGCUCCAGCUGAUACGCAGCAUCGCAUCCGACCCAGACGACAUGACAUGCUGCUCCCUCAUCUUUGCCAACCAGACAGAGAAGGACAUCCUGCUGAGGGAGGAGUUGGAGGACGUGUUGAGCAGCCACCCGGGCACACUCAGCCUGUGGUACACCCUGGACAAGCCCCCGCAAGGAUGGAACUACAGUUCUGGGUUUGUCAACUGUGACAUGAUCAGAGAGCACCUUCCACCUGCAGCUGACGACGUGCUUAUUGUCAUGUGUGGCCCACCUCCCAUGAUCCAGUAUGCCUGCUUGCCAAACCUGGCAACCCUGGGAUAUAAAACGGAGAAUAUAUUUGCAUAUUGACUUAUCAGAGAUGCUCCUAUGAACACACUAUGUCCCUUUCACACACAGGAUCUCAACCUGGCAACAUUGGGUCCCAACACAGGCACCCUUUUACUGUACAUUUCCAUAACAAAUCUCAAGUUUUGUUAAUGUAUAUACCUGUUUUGUGUAGCAUUUGAGUGAGAGGAAUUAAAUGUUAUUCUGAAUUAUGAGAACAGAUUUUUGAAUGUUGUGAAACAGUACCCAUGCACAUUUUCAUCACUAUCAAUGUUCUCCUUUCAGCAUUUCAGUUGGGGGCUUGGCUUUGUGUAGCCUAGAUAGCCAUAGCUUUACUCCGAAUAUAAUUCGCCACUAUGUGCUUCGCGAAGCCAGCCAAGUCAAACACCGAUCCUCUCAUUUACAUGGCGCUUCUUAGCUACAAUAUUAUCCACUGUACUUAGCUACUGUACCACCAUGCAUAAUCCUCCACACAUUUAAUCCUCCAGCAGAGACAGACAUAACUCCACACAUUUUUACUUUCAAUGCUUUCACCACCUAGUUCCACCACUCAGUUCGAGUACUGGGUCUGUAUCGCACACUUUCUUCUAAGAAAAUAGUCCACACUAAUCUAAUGAACAAUCAUUUGGUUUAGAAAUACAAUCCAGUUUAAAUAAAAGUUUUUGGGAAUUACAG